GCUCGAAUACGGUACAUCGUCAUGCAGCUGCGAUACAUGUGCAAGCUCGGCGUCGUGCUCGGUCUGGCGGCGAUGACGGUGGUCGACGCGGCCAACUUCCGCAUCUACACGUCGACGAACCGCGUCCUCGCCGAGUCCAACGGCAACAUUGUUGUCGCAACGCCGUCGGCCAACAAUGCGAUCAACGAAAUCUUCGACUACACCGACGGCAGCGGCAAGCUCAUGGCGCAGAGUGCGUCUAAGUGUCUCGGCGGGCAGCUCGAGCCCAUGGUGCUGCAAGACGCCGACUUUAACGUGCACAUGAAGCUCCGCCUCGGUCUCUGGUACUGCAUUGGCGACAGUGUCAACGUCCCGUGGCAGUACGACGCGACGUCUCGCCAGUUCAAGCACGACUACUACGACGGGUGGUGCCUCGACGCGGUCACUAGCCCCGUGUCGAUCUACCUCUGCGACCCCGGAAGCGCGACGCAGCGGUUCCGGCUCGUCGCUGCUCAGACGCCGCCACCGACGCCACGACCCAACAAGCCGACACCUCGGGCGCUGCGCAUUCGCGACCACCGCCGCCGCCUCGAGAGUGACAAUCCACCGGGGUUUCGCCUUGCGGAUCCGUCCGAGAAGCUCCUUCCAAUGCGCAUUACGCUGCUAAGCAAGGGCGUGCUCCAGCUCGUGGGCACCGAGCUCUACGUGCAAGAGACACCGCGCAAUACGACCGACGAGUGGUUCGAGUACAACGCCAACCAGCAGACGCUGCGGUCGCUCUCGCCCGAGAUGAACUCGAGCUGUUUAACGCUGCACCCGAGCAACCGCCUCUACUUUAGCUCGUGCUGCGCGCCCGAGAUGUGCCAGAGCCAGCAGUUUGUCUUUUAUAAGAACCGCCUCCGCCACCCGACGUCGUUUUGCGUUGCGCGCAACCAGUACAAGCCGGACGCUGGCAAGCCCAUGGCUGGUAUCUGGUGCAACGACGAGCGCAACACCGACCAGUGGCUCGCGGUGUACAAGGAAGACCCGGGCGCCCCGGACAUUGGCAACCGCCGCCGCCUCGACGCGUUCGACACGCGCAUUCGCGCGGCGAGCGGCAAGCUCAUCUCCGAGUGGACGACCGGUCUCUACGUCAACUGGGCCGUCAACAACAAGAACGAGUGGUUCACUUACAACGACGGCGGCCAUACGUUCCAAGCGCAGAGCAACCGCCAGUGCAUUGAUGCGUUCUGGAGCUCCGACCCGAGCGUCAAAUGGUGGGUGUUGAAGAUCCACACGUUUGACUGCGGGUAUGGCAACCGCAAUCAAGAGUGGUCGGCCGAGUUCAACCACAUCAAGCACCUCAACCACGCUGGCAUGUGCAUGGAAGCACGCAACGACGGCACGCUCGGCGUCAACUCGUGCAAAAAUGGCUUUACACCGGGCGAAUGGCUCGAACUCUACCGGUAGGGCGCGAUAUGAUUUAUAUAAGAUAACUAUGGAUGGAUCAAAUGGAGUAUACCUUGUGAUUCAACGA